AUGGACCAGUUGAACGUUAAAGAGCAACAAGAGUUUCAGCAGAUUGUGGAGCAGAAGCAAAUGAAAGACUUCAUGAACUUGUACUCCAAUUUGGUUUCCAGAUGCUUCGAUGACUGCGUCAACGACUUUACUUCCAACAACUUGACUUCUAGAGAAUCGAGCUGUAUUGCUAAGUGCUCCGAGAAGUUCUUGAAACACAGCGAACGAGUUGGCCAAAGAUUCCAAGAGCAAAAGUAUGUUCCACCUCGGAAGCAAUCGUCAGUUUGAAUGAUUGGUACUAACCGUUUUCUAGCGCCUUGUUGAUGCAACAAAACCAACAGUAA